CGCCGCAGCCCCCCGCGUGUUGGGGGCCGGCGAGCCGCAUGGCGGCGGCGUGGGGGCGGCGCGGCGGCCCCGCGCUCUUGCGGGGGGUGCUCGGGGCAGCCUCGGGCCGCGCCUGCAGCUCCGGGGCGCCCGUGAGGGCUCCCUCUGCCGCGGCUCAGGAACUGCAAAGCUCAGAAAGAGGACGCUUUGUACUGCAACAUGCUGUUCCCUUCUCUGCUUUUUUGACAGACAGCUUUGGGCGUCAGCACAAUUACUUGCGAAUUUCUUUGACUGAGAAAUGCAACCUCAGGUGUCAGUAUUGUAUGCCAGAGGAGGGUGUUCAGCUGACCCCUAAAUCAGAGCUACUUACUGCUCAGGAGAUAAUCACCCUAGCCAGACUGUUUGUGAAAGAAGGUGUAGAGAAGAUCCGACUGACAGGAGGAGAGCCACUUAUCCGUCCUGAUGUGGUUGAUAUUGUGGGUCAACUGUACAAGCUAGAAGGGCUUAAAACCAUUGCUGUCACAACCAAUGGGAUCAACUUAACCAGACUGCUGCCCCGACUGAAGGAGGCAGGACUGAAUGCCAUUAACGUUAGCCUGGAUACUUUGGUCCCAGCUAAAUUUGAGUUCAUUGUCCGGAGGAAAGGCUUUCACAAGGUAAUGGAAGGAAUCCACAAAGCCACUGAACUUGGCUACCGUCCUGUUAAGGUAAACUGUGUGGUGAUGCGAGGCUUCAAUGAGGAUGAACUGCUGGGCUUUGUGGAUUUCACAAAGGAUCUGCCCCUUGAUGUGCGGUUCAUAGAAUACAUGCCCUUUGAUGGCAAUAAAUGGAACUUCAAGAAGAUGGUGAGCUACAAAGAAAUGCUUGAUACAAUUAAACAGCGAUGGCCUGAACUGGAGAAAUUGACCUGUGAAACUUCCAGCACAGCCAAGAGUUAUAAGGUGCCACAUUUCCAGGGACAAAUUAGCUUUAUCACCUCCAUGUCAGAGCACUUCUGUGGAUCCUGCAAUCGGCUGAGGAUAACAGCAGAUGGGAGCCUAAAGGUGUGCCUUUUUGGGAAUUCAGAAGUGUCCUUGAGAGAUCACCUACGGUCGGGUGCCUCAGAGGAAGAGUUGGUUCAAAUCAUUGGAGCAGCAGUGGGCAGAAAAAAGAAACAGCAUGCUGGCAUGUUUAACAUUUCCCAGAUGAAAAACCGGCCAAUGAUCCUGAUUGAGCCUGUGUUGAUGUCAUUCCCACUAUGCCAAGAUGCCCUGCAGUUCCCGGCAAAUUCAAAACAGUGGGGCCACACAUUUAGCCAUUGGCUGACUUUGAGAACAAGUUUACCCAAACAAAUGGGAAAAGCAUUUAUGAAAAAUAAGCUUACAGGACAACCUUUCCUACCGGGAUCUCACCCAGAGCAACAGUGGCACAUAAUGACAGGAAUUCUACAAACCCAGCUCAGAGGCUGCUGUGUCUUCCAGAAGGACCCAAGCUCCACGUUUGACACAAAGUGCCUUGAGGCUUCUUCUGUUGGCCAAGUUUCUGUGGACUAUCAGUCCAAAGAGGCAAGUCCAAGAUCUGAAUUCUGUACCAGGGAUUGGAGAUCUUGCACCAAGGUACCUCGUGCCUCUCACAGCUUGACUCACACUGAUGAGGAAGGACGGGCCACAAUGGUUGAUGUUGGAGGGAAGCCAGAUUCAAGAAGAAGUGCUGUUGCUGGUGCUGUGGUCUGCCUGGGUCAGAAGGCAUUUGGGAUGGUGAGGCAGAACCAGGUGAAGAAAGGGGAUGUGCUGGCAGUAGCCCAGAUUGCAGGAAUUCAGGGAGCCAAGCUGACCAGCCAGUUGAUCCCAUUGUGUCACAACAUCCCCCUCAACCAUGUUGAGGUGUCCCUGAGCCUGGAUGAGGCCAGAUAUGCAGUGGUGAUUCGAAGCUCCUGUCAGACCUGGGGGAGGACAGGUGUGGAGAUGGAAGCUCUAACAGCUGCCAGCCUGGCUGCCCUGACUGUGUACGACAUGUGCAAAGCAGUUACUCAUGAAAUUGUGAUCGAAGAGGUGAAGUUGCUUAGUAAGACAGGUGGGCAGAGGGGAGACUUCUCAAGGGUCUAGAUCAUAUCCAGACACCUCCAGCCCUCCAGGUGACCACUGUUCAUGUGCAGCCUCUUACAGAACUACUUUUGCUCAGCUGGUAGGCUUGGAAACCUCAGCAGGUAUACUAUCUAACAACCCUACAACUCCAGUUUUGCCUUACCGUGUCAGCUUACUGCUGGGUGAACAGUGGAGCCACUUAUCCCUGUUGAUAACCAUGUGUGUUUUUUUAGAGGACAGACUUCUCCACUCUGCCAGUACCUUCCUUUCAAUGUUCUCACCAUGAGCUUGAGCAAAGAUUCCUAGGUAUACCACAGAGGUGUUGGGUUUGGGUUUUUUUCCUUCUUGCUGUGAAAUAUUCACAGCUGCUGUCAUCCAUCACACCAUGCAACUGUGAGCUCUGGAAAUGAAGCAAAUGCUGAAAGUGCUAUUAUUUGGCAAUUCUUUUUAAGUCAAGAAUUAAGAUUUCAGAACUGUGUUUGUCCAUUUGUCUCCCAACCUCCUUAGUUGAAUUUAGAAGGUGACAGCGAGAAGAACACAGCUUGGGAACCUUACCAUACAGCAGAGAUUAUAACUGUCAAACAGUCAGGGUCACCUCCCAUCCCUUUGCAUUGCUACUGCUUCCCUUGCCUGCAAGUGGGAAAUAUACACAUCUCAGUUUCAGAAGAAAAAAAAAAAAAAAAAAAAGAUGGCAGCUGACCAGUUGUCUGCCUUGAGUGCUCUGUAAAACAUGAUGUAGAAACAGAAGAUUUCUGGGUUUGGAAGAAUUAUUUUGCUGAUCUGAAAGAUACCUUUUACAACGUUAUAAGCAUGUUCCAGCAUUUUGACCUUAGCACUCAAAUACAUUGAGGCCCUGUGUCUGCAUGCUUAAGGGCUUAAUUAUGCCAUGCACAGAAAUAGGUGUCAGCUCUCCCUGACUUUAGAAAUGUCACACCAAGCCCCAGAAGACUCCCAAUUUUUUAGUCCUACAGUGCAGCUCCCAGCAACCUGCAUAGUCCUGACAGAUAAAACAAACUUUAAGACUAGUAGCCACUUGGACAAGUAAGGUAGUUUGUGUUGCAUCAGCCAGAGUGUUUUCCUGCAUGUUUCUCUAAUUUGCUUUCAUGAAGUCUUCUGGCCUCAGAGCACUUAAGUGUUCCAGUGGCCACUGUCACAUAGCAUUAAAUAGCUUUGAUAAUUGACUAUCCUAGAUAAGAAAUUACACAACGUUGUUAAUAUUGAUGGAUGCUUUUCAAAUGUUAAUUUAAAUGCUCUAAACAGGGUGUUUUCAA